AUGCGGCACGAAAGCGUGCGCAAUCACCUGCACUUGGACGGUUGGUCUCUGUUUUUGAUGUCUUCCUCCCAGGCACAGAGGGAGUCGGUCGAGGCUGGCAUGUGCGACGCCUGGUCCCAGUGCCUGGGCGAGGCGUUGGCGGCCGACGGGCGGCAGCGCGACGACGAGGCAGCGGCAGACGCCACCGUCGCCGCCAGCACAGGCGCCACCAGCGUUGGGGACCUGUACCGCGCGGUGGAGGUGGCCUACUACCACAACAACCUCCACGAGUUUCUCAACUCCGUCCAGGCGAGGGUGCACGUGCCGAGGAUAUGGCGGUGCUCGACGCGCUGCGCAAGCUGGGCGGCGUCGCCACGGACCAAUACUCCACUACUGUGGUGGUGUGGCGCCGCGGCGGCAUCAAAGACGAGCAUCUUGCACGCCUGGAGACGGCCCCAUACCCCGUCAGGCUGGUCGAGUACAGCGGCACGAGGGAGACGGGUUCGUGCGGCGCCCUGGCUGCCAUCGUGGAGGUGGCGGUGGGCGAGAUCGCGCGGCCUGACGAGGUGCGCGGCCCAAACUCUGGCAUCGCAGAAAUGUUGGUGUCGCGGCUCGUGUUCGGCAGCACCCGGCGGUUUCGCGAGUGACAGAGGGUUCUUCGGACAGGCGGCUUGCGCACGUUUGUGUAUGUUUGCCACCAGGGUCUCACGUGGCCAGUGCGAGCGCGACCUAGUUAAUCACCCAUCGGCCAAUGACCUCAACCAUCCACUGCCACCCGCGCCGUGA